CGCCUCAUCCUGCCUCCGUCCUCCGCUCCCCGCCCCCUCCUGGUUUCGCGUCUCCAAGCCCGUCGCGCCCGCUAUAAUCACGUGAUUGCCUCAUCCGGGUCCUUUGCGUUCUCUCUCCCUCUCCCAACAUGGCGGCCUCAGCAAAAAAGAAGAAUAAGAAGGGGAAGACCAUCUCCCUAACAGACUUUCUGGCUGAGGACGGGGGUACUGGUGGAGGAAGUACCUAUGUCCCCAAGCCAGUCAGCUGGGCUGAUGAAACAGAUGAUCUGGAAGGAGAUGUGUCAACAACUUGGCAUAGUAAUGACGAUGAUGUGUAUAGGGCACCUCCAAUUGACCGUUCCAUCCUUCCCACUGCUCCACGGGCUGCUCGGGAACCCAAUAUUGACCGGAGCCGUCUUCCCAAAUCACCACCCUACACUGCUUUCCUGGGGAACCUGCCCUAUGAUGUGACAGAAGACUCCAUUAAGGAAUUCUUUAGAGGAUUAAAUAUCAGCGCUGUACGCUUACCACGUGAACCCAGCAAUCCCGACAGGUUGAAAGGUUUUGGCUAUGCAGAAUUUGAAGACCUGGAUUCUCUGCUCAGUGCUCUGAGUCUCAAUGAAGAGUCUCUAGGUAACAGGCGAAUUCGAGUGGACGUUGCUGACCAAGCACAGGAUAAAGACCGGGAUGAUCGUUCUUUUGGUCGAGAUAGAAAUCGGGACUCUGACAAAACAGACACAGACUGGAGGGCCCGUCCUGCCACAGACAGCUUUGAUGACUACCCACCUAGAAGAGGGGAUGAUAGCUUUGGAGACAAGUAUCGAGAUCGUUAUGAUUCAGACCGGUAUCGGGAUGGAUAUCGGGACGGGUAUCGGGAUGGCCCACGCAGAGAUAUGGAUCGUUAUGGGGGCCGGGAUCGCUAUGAUGACCGAGGCAGCAGAGACUAUGACCGAGGCUAUGACUCCAGGAUAGGCAGUGGCAGAAGAGCGUUUGGUAGUGGGUACCGCAGAGAUGAUGACUACAGAGGAGGUGGGGACCGCUAUGAAGACCGGUAUGACAGAAGGGACGAUCGGUCCUGGAGCUCCAGGGACGAUUACUCUCGGGAUGAUUAUAGACGUGAUGACAGAGGUCCCCCCCAAAGACCCAAACUGAAUCUAAAACCUCGGAGUACUCCUAAGGAAGAUGAUUCCUCUGCUAGCACCUCCCAGUCCAGCCGAGCAGCUUCUAUCUUUGGAGGGGCAAAGCCUGUCGACACAGCUGCUAGAGAAAGAGAGGUAGAAGAGCGGCUACAGAAGGAGCAAGAGAAGUUGCAGCGGCAGCUGGAUGAGCCAAAGCUAGACCGCCGGCCACGGGAGAGACACCCAAGUUGGCGAAGUGAAGAAACUCAGGAAAGAGAAAGGUCGAGGACAGGAAGUGAGUCAUCUCAGACUGGGACCUCAGCCACAUCUGGCAGAAGUAAGUCAGACCAGGAUACACGAAGGAGAGAGAGUGAGAAGUCUCUAGAAAAUGAAACCCUCAAUAAAGAAGAAGACUGUCACUCUCCAACCUCCAAACCUUCUAAACCUGAUCAGCCUCUAAAGGUAAUGCCAGCCCCUCCACCAAAGGAGAAUGCGUGGGUGAAGCGAAGCUCUAACCCUCCUGCUCGAUCUCAGAGCUCAGACACAGAGCAGCAGUCCCCUACAAGUGGUGGAGGGAAAGUAGCUCCAGCUCAGCCUUCUGAGGAUGGACCGUCAAGAAAAGAUGAAAAUAAAAUAGAUGGGUUAAGUGUCCCAAAAGGCCAAACUGGGAUCUCAAGUCGUGGUCCUGGAGAUGGGGGGAACAAAGACCACUGGAAGGAGUUGGAUAGGAAAGAUGGCAGAAAAGAUCAAGACUCCAGAUCUGCACCUGAGCCAAAGAAAUCUGAGGAGAACCCAGCCUCUAAGUUUAGUUCUGCGAGCAAGUAUGCUGCUCUCUCUGUGGAUGGUGAAGAUGAGGAUGAGGGAGAUGACCAGGCUGAGUAGACCUCCUCGUGCUGUGCUUUCUUCUAGUCUCCACCCCGGAAGAUUCGAGAGCAAAUCAAACCUCUAUCCAGACAAGAAAAAAUAAAACUCACCAUCUCCUGAAGACCUUUCUUAACUUUUUUUUAAUGAAAUGAAAAUGUUUUGCAUGCUGCUGCAGCCUUUUAAAGUACUGAAGUAAUUGGAAAAUCACCACUGUAGCCAGAGAGAUGUGGCUACCGCUUUUGAAUGGGGAAGUUGUGAUGUGUUCUGAUGAUACCAAGUGGCUACCUUUGUGACUAGUGCCUGGGGCUCCAUUCAGCAGAAAUGUAGUGACAGUGAGACUCGGUUGCAUCAGUUAGGCAGUAGAGAAAGGUACAGGGAAGAGUGAGAGUUCUACCUUGUAAUUCUUAUCCUGUGGUGGCACCUAUGAAUUCCCAAACAUCAUCUGAACAAAUUUCCCAUCCUUGGAAAGGUAGAUUUAGUCUCUCAAGUUAUUUUAGUCUCCAGGAGGCUGCCAGCCAUUCUACUUCAAUUCAGACUUAACUGGGGCCAGCCUAGGAGGGGCUGUGUUUUGUUUGUCUUUUUACCCCCCAAGGGGGUAGUUGGGAGUGAGUCUACAGGCCACUAACAAGUAGUACCUCUGGGGACCAAAAUGAAUGGGAAACUCAAUCGUGGUUUGAAAAGCUUUGGGGGAGUGAUUGGUUAUUUCAUGCCAGGUAGUAAGGGAAAAUGGUGUGACCUCCAAUAGACAUGUGAAUAGAACAAUCAUUUCCUGGAUGAGGAAGCACUUAGUGGUCAUGGGAAAUUCCAGUCUUCUAAAAUCUGUCCUUUCUAAACAUUUGAAUAUAUCCACAUUCUUUCCAAACUUUGUCACUCUGGUCAUCUCAAGUUCUUGAUGACACAGUCAGCCUUCCAAAAGCAGUCUCUGUAAGUCACACACCUGCUCUCACAGCUUUUUUUUUUUUUUUUUUUUUAAAUCUUGGCCACCAGAAGCUGUGGCCUGGGGAAUCACUGCUUUUGUCAAACAGACCAGCUCUAUGGUGUCUUUAAUUGCUGCUCCUGCUGCUUUCACCCCCUUGGAGGUCAGAGUAUUUCCUUUGAUGGACUUGGGUGGUGAAUGGGGGCACGUAAAUGGAAAAGUUGAGUUAAAGGUCUUCAGCCUUGAUUGGGUGUUAAAGAUUUCUAUGUUUCCUUCACUGGAACUCUAUGCUGGUGCUUGGGUUUAUAAUGUGACCUAGACUGUGCUUUUCUGCUUUGGGGGGGGUUGGUUUCUUGACUUCCUUCAAGAAUAAAGGAUGAUGUAGAGAACUAUUGAGUAAGGUCUGGCUUCUCUUGAGCACAGUAGCUUGGCCUGUCUGCUUUGAUCUGCUCCUUGACAAAUAGCUUCCCUUUUGUGGGACAUCAGGUACUUGCAGGCAAAUGAGACCUAGUCUUAAUGUGCAAACCCUGGACCUGCUCUGCAGGAGCGUUGGUUUCGUGGGCUGCAGCAGUGGGCAUAGCAAGUCACUCAUCCAGUGGACUUGAUUGGCUAGUAGCUAGGAAGUGGGCUUUUAGAGAGACCCGCCAUUGAAUGGGUUUUUUUUUAAACCUUUGGUUGUAGACAAUGAAAAGGUAGUUUCCCUCUUCAUGUCUAUUUCCCUUCCAGAUAGUUGCAUCCAGAAGAAAGCUGUUCUGUCCCAUACUCUCCUACUUUGCUCCUCUGUUAAAAUAAAAACAGGGGUUGACUUAUGUCCCGCUCCUGAAUACGUGUAAAAUUUGUACAAAAAUAUCUUCUAUGAAAAUGAUUUGUAAUCUGUAGACAUUACUUGGGAGAUGUCUUGAGAUGUAAAAUCCCAUCCUUUGGGUUGAGGGUUUUUUUGUUUUUCUCCAAAUAAACCCAGUCUUUAAAGUUGAA